CGUAUACCAGCCGGAACGCUUCACUCUGAACAGGGCGAAUCGCUCGAGAGGAUGCGCGUGCGGUUGUCUCCUCUCAGCGCCUCCAGUUCUUUCCUCCGUUACCUCCGCCUCUCAGAACAUGUCACAUUAUGACGGGACCAAUCCCGCAACCAGCCUGACAUGGUCCGAAGUCCCGACUCAUAUCCUCCGCGCCGAGCUGCAACGACGACAGGACGCCGAAAACCCACCGCCAUGUGGGACAAAAGGAGGAAAAGGCCACUAUAAUACCGCCGCGCAUGUUGCCGCGCUGAUAAUAAUACUAACUCUGAGCACGGCUGCGUGCUCUUUUCCCAUCAUCGUCCGCCGCUUUCCACGCCUCCGCGUCCCUCACCAGAUCCUCUUCCUCUCGCGACACUUUGGCACCGGCGUCUUGAUAGCGACUGCUUUCGUCCACCUCCUCCCGACCGCUUUUCAAUCCCUAACGGAUCCAUGCCUCCCCUACUUCUGGAACCAGGGCUAUCCGGCCAUGCCCGGCCUCAUCGCCAUGACCUCGGUCUUGAUAGUUGUGGGGAUAGAAAUGUUCUUUGCGUCUAGAGGGGCCGGGCAUAUCCACACGACAGACUAUGAUGCGUUCCCGGGGGAUGAUACUGAACACCGGGCAUUUCGGGACAGCCACACACGACCACUGCAUAAACGGAGCAACAGCUUUGGAAGAUUUAGAUCAGGCAGUUACGGACAUCCCCCAGAUCUCGUGCUUAGCGAUAUAGCAGAGUCGUCUGAGGGUUUAAUGGCAGGACGGUCACCCUCGGUCCCCACGACAUCUCCACUUCCACCAACCACAGACAAACGAGAUUCAGCAGAUGAUGAAGAUGAUUCAGAUCUCGAACUCGACGAAUUACACCCCAUACCUGGCGAUGACGACGAAUCCGGACUCCUAAACGGCAACUCGAAGCCUCGGGGAUUUGCAAACCGCCAUAAUCAUAAUCACAACCACAAUCACGCGCCAGGGGCCACCAAUCCCGAGGACCUCACCGAAGCCCAGCAAAGGAAACUGUUCCUCCAAUGCAUGCUCUUAGAAGCCGGCAUCCUCUUCCACAGCGUCUUCAUCGGAAUGGCCCUCUCCGUCGCAGUGGGCACCUCCUUCAUCGUGCUCCUCGUCGCCAUCUCCUUCCAUCAAAUUUUCGAAGGCCUAGCCCUAGGCGCGCGAAUCGCAGCCCUCCGCUUUGACCCGUCGUCUCCGAAACCCUGGCUCAUGGCUCUCGCGUACGGCACUACCACGCCGAUCGGGCAAGCUAUCGGACUUGGGAUUCACAAUCUGUAUGAUCCAGCGAGCCAGACAGGCCUGCUUAUGGUCGGAGUCAUGAACGCGAUCAGUAGCGGACUGUUGCUCUUUGCAGGCUUGGUUGAAUUGCUAGCGGAGGACUUUUUGAGCGAUGAGAGCUACGUGACGCUUUAUGGGCGGCGGCGAUUAGAAGCGUGCGCAGCAGUGGUUGGUGGAGCCCUUUUAAUGGCGCUGGUGGGUGCGUGGGCAUAGGCAUCUUGAAUCACACUGUGUAUGUCACUUUCGUCUUUGCGGUCAUUUAGCAGCAUGGCAACGGCGCAUUAGGGUUUUUCCAGGAUAUAUAUGGAGCAACCUCACAGUUGGAUUUUAACAUGCAUCUUUUCCGCUGCGUAGGUAUUGAAGAAUAGCAUUGCCUCAGUAGAGACAGCAUUCGUGUGCAUAAGCUCAAUCUGAUUGUCAGGCGUGCUCCAACCAGGCUCAUCCAUCUGAGACAAGUGUCUAGAAAAGGCAUGCGCUCUGCUCUAACUGUUGGUUAACUUAGAAUACAU